AGAUGGCAGCCCACGCUGAUCUGAGCCUUGAGCUCAGGUGCCGCUCCUGCUGUCCUGCAGGAGGUGCUGCCUUUGGGCUCAGACAAAUUGGGAUGGGACAUCCAGUUCCCAGAAGAUGAGGAACAGUUGGAUUAUUUGUACAUCUUGGAAGCCCCACUGGAUCUCCCUCCUUCGGUAGCUGCACGGACAGGGCUUUUCUCAGAGCUCUCAGCUGCCUGAGGAGCCCAAGGGAGGAGCUCCAUCCCUGAUCCAUACCAAAGAGUGCUGCAGGCAGCUGGUGGGCAGUUCUCUGGGGCAGGAUCAGUGCAGUGCUGAGGGCUUUUCUUCCUUAUGCUCUCAGAAGCUUCUCUUUCUCUUUUUGCAUUUCCUUUCUGCAGGGUUGGGAUCCAUCCUGCAUGCAGGUGGGGACCAAACGCUGUGUGCCAGGAGCAGCAAUAGCAGGGUGCAGCCUGUCCCAGACAGUGACCUCGGGCUCCUUCCUCUCCAUUCCCCUCUUUUGUUCUUCUCUUGUGACCUCUUUGGGCUGGGAAUGGCAUCUGUGCCUGGAGGGCCCAGAACAACGUGCCCCAGAUGGCACCGUAUGAACCACGAGGUUUCAGUGCAUGGGAAAGAACUUCAUCAACACACCUUCCCAGCCUUUCAGUCCUGCAGCCGUGGUCAGGAGCCUCUGAGCGUGGGUAUUUCAGCCCAGGCUGCAAACUCCAGGGCAGAUAAGGAAACCCAGCAGAGAACAGCAGCUCUGCGUGGCCCCGUUGGGGCUCUCAUUGUUUUUGUAGUUCCGUUCCAUCGUGCUGCUGCUCGCUUGCAUUUUAGUCUGCAGUGCAUUUUGGUUUUUGUUUCCUGGAGUCGGAGCUCUUCACAUUGCUACAGGGGAGCUCUGGUUUGGUUUAAGACCACAUCAAGGAGCAAAGAGUGAGCAGAAUGUGACGUGCUGGCUGCGUGUGCUCAGGUUGGGGGGGGAGCAAAGCACGGGGAGGCCCUGCUCUGAGCGUCACCCACAGCCCUUCCUGCCCCACACCCCGAUGCCUCGCUGUGCUUCUCCCCGUAGGUUUGAUGCCAUGGCAGCGUGGUGCAGUGAGGAAGGGGAAGAGCUGAAGCUGUGGGGUGUUCUUGCAGGAUGCUCCAGAGAUGGCAGCUCAGAGCCUGCAGGAAUGGAGCCCGUAACCCCCGCUGCUCAGCCUCACCCUGCUGCAGGCACUGUGCUCCAAAAUGAGCUGUGCUGUUGGAUGGGGAGCAGGGCAGCUCCUGGGCUGCCUGAAAGUGCUCUCAGACCCUCCCUCAUCCCCCCUCCCCCUGUGCAUCCUUUAGCACAAGAAGCCUUUUUUAUUAUUAUUAAUAGCUAUUGCAAGCCAGUAAAAAGUUUUAUGGGCUUUGGCUGAGCGUCAGGGCUUGCAGUGUGCUCAUUUCCUGCAGUCUGAGUGCUGGAGGGGGCUGGGUUUGCUUGGUUAACCCGCAGUAGCAGAGCUGAGGACUGACAGUAGUGCAACAGGAGCUGGAGGGGAGCAGAGGGGACUGCAGCCACUGCUCUGGGGACAAAAACCCAUCUGUGGUGGCUGUGUGAGCCUGGCUGUCUGUCUGUCCCUCUCUCUGCCCCCAUACCGAUGUCUGUAUCAGCUCACGGUGAGCAGAGGGGCACUUUGUGCCUUGGGCUGCUGGCCUUUCCACCCAGACCUCUCUCCCAGGUGCUGCCAUCUGUGCCACAGCACGAUGGGGCCUCACAUCCACUUGCAUGGCACAAAGCAAAGGUGCACAGCCAUCAGCUGCUCUGCACCCGGUCCUGACCCGCAGGGAUCCUCCCAGCCCGCCUCCUCCAGGGCCAGCAUCCUCAUUUUGUUUUGUAGGAAGCUGCCCUAUGCCCACUGUGCUUUGCCCCAUAGCAGCACUACGAUGGGUGCCCUGCUCUGUGGGGCUCAGCACUGUGCCCCAUAGCAGCGCUUUGCUGGGUGCCCCGCUCCAUAGAGCUCAGCUCUGUGCCCCAUAGCUGCCCUAUGCCGGGAGCUCUGCUCCGUGGGGCUCAGCUCUGUGCCCCAUAGCUGCCCUAUGCUGGGUGCUCUGCUCCAUAGAGCUCAGCUCUGUGCCCCAUAGCUGCCCUAUGCUGGGUGCUCUGCUCCGUGGGGCUCAGCUCUGUGCCCCAUAGCUGCCCUAUGCUGGAUGCUCUGCUCCAUGGGGCUCAGCUCUGUGCCCCAUAGCAGCACUUUGCUGGGUGCUCUGCUCCGUGGGGCUCAGCUCUGUGCCCCAUAGCUGCCCUACGCUGUGUGCUUUGCUCCGUGGGCCUCAGCCCCUUCUGCCAUCCACCCUCCAUGUGCACACUGUCCUCCCCACUGCCUUGUGGCUCUCACUGCACAACUUCCCUCCCACUUAGGACUUCUCUUAGGGCAGCGGUUUCAGCUCUGCUCUCCCCGCAGCAGCACCACCCCGUACCCCUUUGCCACCCCUGGGGCGGGGCGGUGGGCGCACAGCUCCGUGUUACGCUGACUCUCUCCCAUCCCUCCGCAGCUCGCCGGGCGCUGGGAGGACCCUCUCUGCAGGAUGUUCUCUCCACCAAAGAUCUCCUCGUGACCGGUGACGAUGACCAUCCCGGCAGCACCUCGGGAAGCACCGACGUUGCAGUAGCCCGGCUCGUCCCCCCGCCGCACACCGGGAUGCUGCACUGACCGAGGGCAGCCCCGCUUCUUUUCUCCUCUCCCCCUCAACUUUCAGCAGCUCUGGGAUUUGUAUGGCAGCAGCGUAACCGUGGAGAGGCCGGGGUAUCACAAACUUAUGGAUUUUGAUAAGAGAGGAGGGAAAGGGGAGCUGGAGGAAGGUAAAAGGAUGUCCAAGACGGGUGGAGGAAGGAGCAGCCAUGGAAGUCGGAGCGCCGGAACCAACUCGGGAGUCUUAAUGGUGGGUCCCAACUUCCGCGUCGGAAAGAAGAUCGGAUGCGGCAAUUUCGGGGAGCUCCGCCUAGGGAAGAACCUCUACACCAACGAAUACGUAGCGAUCAAAUUGGAGCCCAUCAAGUCUCGGGCCCCACAGCUGCACCUGGAAUACCGCUUCUACAAGCAGCUCGGCAAUGCAGAAGGAAUUCCUCAGGUUUACUACUUCGGCCCCUGCGGGAAGUACAACGCCAUGGUGCUGGAGCUGCUGGGCCCCAGCCUGGAGGAUCUCUUUGAUCUGUGCGACCGCACCUUCACCCUCAAAACCGUCCUGAUGAUCGCCAUCCAGCUGAUCACACGGAUGGAGUACGUCCACACCAAAAGCCUCAUCUACAGAGACGUCAAACCGGAGAACUUCCUGGUGGGGCGGCCGGGCAGCAAACGGCAGCACACCAUCCACAUCAUUGAUUUCGGCCUGGCCAAAGAGUACAUCGACCCCGAGACCAAAAAACACAUCCCCUACAGAGAGCACAAGAGCCUGACGGGGACGGCGCGUUACAUGAGCAUCAACACCCACCUUGGGAAGGAACAAAGCCGCAGGGACGACCUGGAAGCGUUAGGCCAUAUGUUUAUGUACUUCCUCCGUGGGAGCCUUCCCUGGCAGGGCCUGAAGGCGGACACACUAAAGGAGAGGUAUCAGAAGAUCGGUGACACCAAGCGAGCCACGCCGGUGGAGGUGCUGUGUGAGAACUUCCCAGAGGAGAUGGCCACAUACCUGCGCUACGUGCGGCGCUUGGACUUCUUUGAGAAGCCGGACUACGAUUACCUGCGAAAGCUCUUCACGGAUCUGUUUGAGAGGAAUGGUUUUGUGUUCGACUACGAAUACGACUGGGCUGGGAAACCACUGCCCACCCCCAUCGGCACGAUGCACAGCGAGGUGCAGGUGCAGCCCCCGAGCAGAGACAAAGCACAGCCACACACCAAACACCAGGUGAGCAGCAGCACGGCCUUCCCCAGCACCUCCUGCUCCCCACAGCCCUGGGGCUGGGGCUGCGUCCUGGUGGCUGACUGGUCGCUGUGGGUGGGAGGGAGCAGCUGGGACCUGGGACUGCCUGCGGGCUGCAGUGCUGAUGGAUGGCAGCGCGGUGCGGUGCUGGGGAUGACGACCGGUGUGAUUUGCUGAUGUGGUUGUGGUCACUUG